GCUGUGAGCGCGGUGCCGUGUGCGCCGCGGAGAGAGCCAGCGGGAGCCCGGACCCCGAGGAGCCCCCGUGCCCGCCCGGCCCGGCCCGGCCCCGCGCUAUGGAGUUCCUCUGGGCCCCACUCCUGGGUUUGUGCUGCAGUCUGGCCGCUGCGGACCGCCACACCGUCUUCUGGAACAGUUCCAAUCCCAAGUUCCGGGACGCGGACUACACCGUGCACGUGCGCCUGAGUGACUACCUGGACAUCAUCUGUCCGCAUUACGAGGACGACUCCGUGGCAGACGCCGCCAUGGAGCGGUACACACUGUACCUGGUGGAGCACGAGGACUAUCAGUUGUGCCAGCCCCGCUCCAAGGACCAAGUCCGCUGGCAGUGCAAUCAGCCCAGUGCCAAGCACGGCCCAGAGAAGCUGUCCGAGAAGUUCCAGCGCUUCACACCUUUCACGCUGGGCAAGGAGUUCAAAGAAGGACACAGCUACUACUACAUCUCCAAACCCAUUCACCACCAAGAAGACCAGUGCUUGAGGUUGAAGGUGACCGUCAAUGGCAAAAUCACUCACAGUCCUCAGGCCCAUGCCAAUCCACAGGAGAAGAGACUCCCAGCAGAUGACCCAGAGGUGCAGGUUCUACAUAGCAUCGGUCACAGCGCUGCCCCCCGCCUCUUCCCACUCGCCUGGGCUGUGCUGCUCCUGCCACUCCUGCUGCUGCAAACCCACUGACGGUGUGCGCCCCAUCUGGCUCAAGGAUUGGAACUGGGCUGAGGGGGCAGGGACAGGUACCCCCUCACCUGCCCUGGGGCCCUUCCCGAAGCCCAGCCCUGGGAACCACUCCCACCACAUGCACAAGCUGCCGCCCAGCAGCCUCAAAACGGGUCAGUAUUAAGGGUUUCAACCCAAAGGAAGUCAACCAGCCUGGCAGGGCAUUCCCUGCCUCCACCUCAGAGUGAUGGAGAAAGAAGUGGGGACAGCCCUUCCCCUGCCUACUGCUGCCUUGAAACCAAAGAAUCAAGCUGUGCACACAUGACCCCUUAGGAAGGGCACCGUGGGAGCCGAGCUGGAAGGGCCUUGGACCCCUGCACAUGGACGCUGAGCUUGGCCAAGAUGGCUCCACACAGAGUCAGGAUGCCCAGGUGAACUGACCGAAGGAAAAGGGAGCCAGAUACAGGAGAGGCAGCCACGCUUGGGCUGACCCUGUGUCUGCCAGCAGGACUUCCGCCUGUGGAGCUGCCACAGAGAUGCGUAGCCAGGCACUGCCUUGUGCCCAGCCUGGGGCAGCACUCCCCAGAGCUGGGCCAGCAGGGGGCUGUGCCAACCUGUUCGUAGAGUGUAGCUGUGAGGGCAGUGCCCGUGUGUAUAGUCUGCCUAGAGUGUGGCAGGGCCCACAUGUACAGUACCUGUAUAUAAACUCGCCGCGUGUCUGUAAUUUCUACAACUGGAGGUUUUUUUUUUUUUUUUUUAUACAAUGUUCUUUGUCUCAAAAUAAAUGUGUUUGGUUUUUUGGA